UUGCCCCAUGACCUGGUCUUUAUAUAAAGUCAAGAUGGAAACCCUCAGGGGCAGACGAGUAACUCUGCCACAUGCGAACCGAACCUUCUACAGCCUACCCACCGCACUGCCGACUGCACACACCAGGAUGACGACCGAGGAUCGAGAGAAACUCAUGAAAUACGUGGACGAAAGUUUAAUCGGGCGGGACCGGGUGUUUGCCGGUCCGUUCGGCCCACGCCGAGUUACCUACUGUGACUACACUGCUUCUGGAAGAUGUAGAUACCAAGCUACCAUAUUCCUCACCUUCCACAGAGACAUCAUCCGCAAUGCUGUGAAUGCAGGCGAGCAUGAUGCAGUCAUCUUUGUUGGCAGCGGCUGUACGGGAGCCAUCCACAAACUUAUCCACUCACUUCACUUGGAAGAACCUCCGGUUGUGUUUGUUGGCCCCUUUGAGCAUCAUUCCAACCUGCUGCCAUGGAGGGAAAUUGGAUCCAGGGUGAUGCGGAUUGCAGAGACAAACGAAGGGCUCCUGGACCUGGAAGACCUUGAAUCAAAGCUCAAAGCGUGGCAGUCCUCUGGCUGUCAGCUGAUUGGUGCCUUCAGUGCAGCGUCCAACGUUACCGGCAUCCUGACUGACACAGUCCAGACGUCUGUCCUCCUGCACAAGUAUGGUGCCAUUGCUGUGUGGGACUAUGCUUCUGCAGGUAGGGCGUAUGUGGAUAUUGAUAUGAAUCCAGUCGUGUCCAGUGCUGAUCAAGGACUAGGUCACAAGGAUGCUGUGAUUCUGUCUCCACACAAGUUUGUGGGAGGACCUGGGACUCCAGGUGUUCUGAUCGCAAAGAAGUCGCUGUUCAAAAACCCUGUCCCAUCAGGCUGUGGAGGAGGGUCUGUCUUCUUUGUUUCAAGGGAGACCCAUCGAUACCUGCAGAAUGUGGAGACUCGUGAGGAGGGUGGCACACCUGCCAUUGUGGAGUCCAUCCGAGCGGGACUAGUCUUCCAGCUCAAACAGGCCCUUGGUGCAGACUUCAUCAUGAGAAGGGAGCAAGAGCUCUGCAAGAAAGCCUUUGACUUCUGGUUGGGCUAUCCUAACAUGGUAGUGAUGGAUGGUACUGAGUUUGUCUGUGUUUGUCUCUCCAGGAAAGCCUUUGAUUUCUGGUUGGGCUAUCCUAACAUGGUAGUGAUGGGCAGUACAGAAGUGAAGCGCCUGCCCAUCAUGUCCUUCAUGGUGCGCCACCCACAGUCCGGGCUCUUCCUCCACCACAACUAUGUCUGUGUGCUGCUCAACGACCUGUUCGGUAUCCAGGCUCGUGGGGGCUGUGCGUGUGCAGGGCCGUAUGCACAGGACUUGUUGGGAAUAGAUGAGGAAUUAGCGAACAAAAUUGAGAAAUUGCUGGUUGAGGACAAGAGGCUGGAUCGGGACCAUCUGCGGCGGUACAAUGAGUUCUCUGAGAGGGAGAUUCUCAGGCCUGGCUUUGCUCGGUUGAACCUGCCAUACUUUGCCACAGAUGAAUGUGUGGAUUUCGUUCUGGAGGCUGUUGCUAUGGUAGCCGAGCAUGGCUGGAAGCUUCUGCCACAGUACCUGUUCAAACCAGACACAGGUGAAUGGAAGAACAGGAACCACCAGGUGUUUAAGGACAGGAAGUGGCUCGGCUCCAUCUCUUACAACACGGGUCACAUGACCUUUCCUGAACCAGACACAGAGAACACAAAGGGCAAGCUUCCCAAGAGCUACAAGGAGUGUCUAGAAAUGGCCAAGAAGGUCUUUGACAAGGCAUCUUCGCCCCGACUGCAGUUACCUGACCAAGCACUUGCUUUUGAUGAAGAGGCAGAAAAGCUGAGGUGGUUCCUUCUGCCGAGUGAGGCACUGGAUCAUCUGGUCUGUCCUGACAAGGAUCGGUCCAUCAGAAAUCCCCCUUUCACCCCACUGAAGAGGGUGUACUCCAUGCCUGAGCCCAUUGAGAAUGGUGAGACCACUCCUGCACUGAUCGAGGAGAGUCGUGACCGGCUGUCGUCCCCCAUCCCCAUGAUGAAGCCCCAGGAUGAUGACAUGGACGAGAUCUCAGAGGAGGAAGACAACCUGAACCUCUUCAACAUGCUGAGGAACUGGAGGGGCAGCAGUGGGAACAGGCGGGGCAGUGGAAGCCGCAACCUGAUGCGGCCAAUCCCAGAUGGCCACCUCAACAAUCACAUGACCAGCGGCCUUGUUGGUCUCGGUGGGCAUCCUACCAUCCACGCUCCCACCCUGAACCACACCAACCGCCGACGCAACAGUGACGGGCUGGUGGGCCGUGGAGGGCUGAUCAUCGGGGGUGGCCCGUAUGGAACUAGUGGCAGCAGUAACGUCAUCGGGACAUCCCCUGGCAGAAGGAGGGCUUCGGCUUUUGUGGUUGGCACAAGAGACGUCCUUCUGCCAGAAACAGAUUUUAGAAGGAAGAUUAAGUGUGCCUCGUCUUUAGACAUGUUUGCUUCAUCUGACAUUUAUGUUCCAACAGGCCAGAAAUUGCCCAUGUUCGGACGUCGAAACUCGAUCGACAUGCUAGACCUGCACAAGUGGGGGAAGAAGCUGCAGGAUACCAUGGAAGGCAGCAACGGUGGGGACAAUGCUGACUGGGAGAUCUGGGGAUCGCUCCCCAGCAGUCGCAACAGUAGCAUCGACCAGGGCGACAGCAUGGCAGACAACUUCAAUGAGAGGCAGGAUAGUGGUGCCGAGUCUGCUUCUGAUUACCGAUCUGACGACAGCUCCCUGAAAGGAGACACAGAAGAAAGCAAUCUCAACCAGGAGAAGAGGCUGCACAUAGAUCUAGAGUUGCCUGUGAACACUGAGAAAAAUGUUACAAGUGUGGAGCCCAGGUUAACGGUGAUGUCAAGGGAGGAAAAGAAAACUGUACCAUGUAAAGAAAGUUUGAAUAAUGGUCGUGCUUCCACUGAAAUGAAGAAUCAGGAAGCCAGCCUAUCUGUUGAUACUGAAGGGACCUGUGAAAACCUGUGUAUGGUCAGACAGUCAGAGAAACCCAUGGAAAGAGAUGCUGAAACCACUGAUAGCAGAAAGUCAGAUACUGGAGAAAGAAGUAACACGAAGAAUAAGAAGAAACAUGACCCCAACAAUCCAAGAUGGCAUGCACCACCUAAAAGAAUAAUGAAACAAACAAUCGAGGCCAUGACAGAGUACAGUAUGAUCCGGGAUGGGGACCGUGUGCUGCUCUGCCUGUCGGGCGGGAAGGACUCCCUGUCUCUCCUCCACACCCUCAGGCAGUACCAGUUCUUUGCCAAGAGUAAGAACAUCACAUUUGAGCUGGGAGCAGUGACUGUUGACCCGCAGACUGCUUCAUAUGACCCCAGCCCACUCAAGAACUACCUGGCCAAACUUGGUGUGCCUUACUUUUAUGAAGAGCAAGGCAUCAUGGCCCAGGCUGCAUCCAUGCCAGUGUGCACCUCCAUCUGCAGUUACUGCUCCCGUAUGAAGCGAGGACGUAUCUACGCCUGCGCUCGCCGUGAGGGAUAUAAUGUGCUGGCCAUGGGGCAACAUUUAGAUGAUUUGGCAGAAAGCUUCAUGAUGUCUGCAUUUCAUAAUGGGUUGCUGAGGACUAUGAAGGCCAACUACACUGUCAGGGAGGAGGACUUGAGAGUCAUCCGGCCAUUUGUCUAUGUUAGAGAGAAAGAUCUCCGCAACUUUGCUGAACAGGCAAAGCUCCCGAUUAUCCCAGAAAACUGUCCUGCCUGUUUUGAGGCUCCCAAAGAACGUCACCGCACCAAACAGCUGCUUGCUUCCCAGGAGCUGCUAUUUCCAAAACUCUUCCAGAGCCUCCUGAAGACCAUGAAGCCCCUCAUGGCCAGGAACAGGACUGGUCUGGAGGCACAGAGGGCCGGGCUUGGCCAGGAGGAUGGGGUCAUGCAGGGUCAGAUGGAGGAAGAUGAUGAUGAUGGGGUGAAUAUCUAGCUAGGUUUUAGUAUAGGGAGGAGCAAUAAUCAUCUUGUGUACAGUUUGUGGAAAUAACUUUGAAAUUCUGUUAUCUUAACAGAAAGAGAGGUGCUGGGACCCCAUCUUAGUAUAAUGUCCUUAUGUAAGACCAAGGCUUGAAAGAGUACGUGUAUCUUGCAAUAAAUUUUGUAUGUGGAAAAAAAUUAUGUUUGCAAGUGAAAAACUAUAAUUGCUUGACAUUCUACAGGCCAAAAACAAGAGUCAGCAUCCGUUAGUUGGCCAAGUACUACAAGUAGUAUCUUUCACCAAGGUUGUUAAGAUUUUCAAGCCAUUGACAUUGUGGUAACCACUUACCUUUAGAUAGAUGUUGAUAAGACCAUGCUUGUAAGCAAAUUGUAGACUUUAUUUCACAAUGUCAUUUGUCUUAGGUAGUUUUGCUGUUGAUUCGUCAGGCCAAGAAUCUAACCAUGGAUAGCGAGUGAGUGAGUGAGGAAGAUUGUAAGAAGGAACAGUGACUUGGGCAUUUAGAGCAAAAUUUUUAAGAUUACAUAUGAAUCAUUUGACAACUUGAAAUACUGCAGGUAACAGAAAAACAUUUAUACCCUUGGUAGAGCUGACUGUUGCAGACAUGUUUAGCAACUGGCAACAAUUUUCUUUACCUGUGAAAUGGAAUUCUACAUACAAUGUAUUUUUUAUUACAUAUCCUACUAGUUUUGUAUAUAGUAGUUAGUUAGUACAUAGUACAUUUGACUAUGAUUAAAUGUUUCAUGUCAUAUACAUGAUGGUGAAGAGGUACCACGGUCCUACAGUGUACUUCAAUUCAUUUUUCAAUAUUUUAAUGCCACCUAAACAAUUACAGUAAAGUUAACAUGUUUGAAGAUCAGAGCAAUCUUGUUCCUUGGAUGGAAGUGAAUACAUUCCUGUGUUAUUUUACUCAAGGCUUGGAAAGACAAGUAGGAUCAGAAGUUAAAUACAGUUUAUCUUACAUACUAGUAGUUUAGAGUAAAGACAUUUGUUUUGUUUACCAUUAAUACUAGUAUUUGAUCAAAAUUUUAAUUUGCACAUCAUAUGUAGUGUAGUGUGAUAAAAGAGAAGUCAUGUAUUUUGGACUGAUGUUAGAGAAUUAAGUAUUUUAUUGCCUGAUAACUUCAGAUUUCUCAGAGCAUACUUGUUAUUAGGAAUAUCAUUGUAUUUAGUGAUUAUCAAUUUACAGAUUAUGUAUCUAAUUUAUCUUCUACAUGUAGCUUCCGAUAUAAAAAAGAAAAACAGGGCGCACCCGGCGCAGUACUUCAACAUUUAUAGUUUCCAAUAUCAACAAGUGGGGCGCAGUACUUCAACAUGUAUUUAUUGUAUUGUAUUGUAUUGUACACAUGUAUAUAAUGGUCCAUAUUUAGCAAACUCUGGUUGGUGUUCAAUAUCACCAAUGACUACUUACAACUGAGUAGUUGAUAUUAAGCAGGGGUUCUGAAGGAUCCUUGAUUGAGAAUAUUCUCUUCCACAGUUCUUUAAGAGGUAAAGUUUUACAAAGUGUUACGUGUUCUUUCUAAGGUGAUAACACCAGGGCCUGUCGAGGGUUUGAUCUCUGAACUUAAGUGCCUUUAUCAUUUGAUACAACGGUUGGUCAUACUAUUAUCUUAUAGAAAGAACCAUAGCCCACUGCACGUCUUUUAGAACGUUUGUUUGGAUGGACAUUUGCAGGACACAUCUCACAAUGAUGCAACAGGACUCAUCUUGUGAGAGUGAAAGAAAGCUGUACAUUUUGGCUAUGUGGGACAAAUUCUGUAGACUGUAGUAUAAAGUUCAGUGGCAGAAAAGUAGAUCAGUAUUAGUUGCUGACGUCCGUAAAGUCUGAUUACAAAGGAGGGCUUUCAUCAAGUCAUUGCCAUUACCACUACGUGUACUUGAUACCUAAACAGUUGGGGAGAACUUGACAUUAUUAAUCAUAUACAAAUGUAGAGUUACAGGUUUUAGGGAAUAAAAUAUUUAUAAUUUACAA